AUGCCGGGCCAUGUGAGCGCCGGUAUAUCAAGAACCUCCACCCUCGCCCCGACUCCUGAAUCCAUUGUCUCUUCUUGGCGGACUCGGUUGGACAGCUGGUGGAUCCAUACUUCGACUUCAUUUACUUCAUACUCCCAGCUUCCUCAGAACCACGACGAGGAUCAGUUGGGUCAGCUAGAUCCCGGAAUGGAGGCAUUACGCCUCUCCAAGGCCCGAUGGCGCACGUACUGGCUAGCCGUCGUACUGUGUUGCGGCGGUGCACUAUUUGGAUAUGACUCUGGUGUUAUCGGUGGUGUUCUCACCUUCGAAUCAUUCCAAUCCUCAUUUGCAUUCAGCAGCGCAAAUGAAACCAGUGUAAGCUCCAUCGCAGUCGGCAUCCAACAAGCCGGCGCCCUGGCCGGCUGCUUCAUCAUUUGGCCAGUAACCAACCGCUGGGGCCGCAAGAUCGCCAUGAUGUCCUGCUCCGUGGUCUUCUGCAUCGGCGUCGUCCUAGAGAUCAUAGACGCCCACUCCCUACCACUCUUCUACGUUGGUCGAGUAGUAUGCGGCCUCGGUGUUGGCGGCUCAGCGACCGUCAUCCCAAUCUACAUGUCCGAAAUGAGCCCAAAAGAAAUCCGCGGCCAACUAGGUAGCUGUUACCAGCUCACCUACACCAUCGGCAUCCUAGUAUCUUACUGGAUAGACUACGGCGUCAAAUCCAUGCCUUCCACCGCUACCCAAUGGCAGCUCCCAAUCGGGCUCCAACUCGUCCCUGGCGCAUUGAUGGGCCUGGGAAUGUUCACGCUUGAUGAAAGCGUCCGCUGGCUCCUAGCACACGGCAAAACAGACGAAGCAUGGCGCAGUCUAGUCUGGAUCCGAGCCGGUGAUGGUCCCGCCGUAAGGGAUGAGUUCGCCCAGAUGUGCCGCGGCCUCGAAGAAGAGCGCCACGCUACAGCGGGCUUCAGACCCCGGGAACUCCUUGAGUGGCCGAACAUGCACCGCCUGCUUAUCGGCGCUGGCCUCUUCUUAGCACAGCAAUCAACGGGCUCGACGGCACUGGCUUACUUUGGCCCGCAGUUCUUUUCCCUGCUCGUCGGGCCAGGGGACCAGAACCUACUGCUGACGGGUAUAUUUGGCGCGAUCAAGGUGGCGGCUUGUCUUAUCUUUGUGCUGUUCAUGUCCGACCGGUUCGGACGGCGCCCGGUGCUGGCUGCCGGGGCUUCGUUUAUGGCUAUUUGCAUGCUUGCGACGGCGGGCGUGGUUAAGAAUUAUCCGCCACAGGAUGGGGUGGUUAGCUCAGCGGGCAUUGCGACCAUUGCGCUAAUUUAUCUCGAUAUUAUCGCGUAUAACUUUAGUUGGGGGCCGCUGCCAUGGCCGUGCACUAGCGAGAUUUUCCCGACGCGAAUCCGUGAGCCUGGUGUUGCCUUUGGUGUUGGAUCGCAGUGGCUGUUCAACUUUGUUUGGAGUUUCUCGACGCCUUAUAUCAUGGCUGGUAUUGGGUGGGGUACGUUCCUCUUGUUCGGAGUGCUGGAUAUUUUUAUUGUGGCGUUUACUUUCUUCUGUCUCAAGGAGACGGCCGGAAAGACGCUUGAGGAAAUCAACGACAUGUUCGAUGGUAUUGAUCCGGACACUGAACAUGGUUGGAAGAGCAAUGACCUGGAUGAGACCACGGGCCCAAAUGCGCAAGAAUAUCUGGACCGCAUGGAGACUGCAGACACUGCAGAUACCGCGAAUAAGCAUACCGCCCACCUCGAGUCGACUGCUGGACGGACCUGA